CACAAUCUAGGUUAUUGGCGGCAACGAACAGAACGGCACUGGGUAGGACCAGUCACGACACGCACACGUUCGUUCACAUGCUGCGUAGCAAUAUUUUGACGAAAUGAAUAUCGACCUGCUGGGCAGGAUUAGAAGAGUGUUUUCGUUUUCUGCUCCUCGAAGGGUCGGCACAGAGAUGGAGCCAAAGAGGCCGGAGAGAUCAAAUAGGCCACCGCGGUCCAAAAGUGCUGGCACCCUUUCGCAAUCACAAGAAGAGCUGCAGGAGGAGGACAUCGCUGAAGUCCACAGGCGUCCAAAAAAGAACGAAAUAGCUUGUACAGAGUCCCUCUUGCUGGACAGAGAGCUGCUGGAGAAUUUGGUCUGGCGGUUGAAUGUUGAGCUGGGAAGGUACGAGACCAGACUGAGAGAACUAGAAGGUCAAGACAACGUUCCUGAUGGAGAUAGAGCUGCACCUGCUUGGUGCAGAGCUGAUCCAACCACUCUUGGGCCUCUGCUAGCCGCUUACGAUGAGGCCCUAGCAGAGAAGGAUUCAGUCAUCGAGAAGUAUGAGAGUCGACUUAAAGAGCUGGGCGCCGAGCUGAGAGAGGUCAUCAGUGAGAAUGAACGCCUUCAUGAGGCUUUUGAAGAAGUGCAAAAUGAGAGCGUGUUGGAGAGAGAAGAAAGAGAACUGGCUUCCAAAGAUGUUGAAAGUCUUCACAGUGAAAAUGUAGCCCUACUUGGGCGUCUAGAGGAUUACAAAGCCAGAGUUGAGGAGCUAGAGGAAAUAUUGCUGGAGCAACGGAAUGAUUUUGUGAAGAGAUCGGAAGAAAUGGUCCAACAACAAGCGCAGAUGAAAGCGUUGGCUCGAGACUACAGAGUUUUGCAAGAUCAGUUGGACGAAGCAAGCAGGGAAAUUGAAAAUAGAGUACCCCAGCAACACCACCAGUCUUCAAUUAAUGAGUGCAAAACAUUGCUUGAGGAACUGCGCUCAAGUUAUGACAAAGAUAGACGCAUUUUGGAGGACCGUCUUGCAGCCAUGACCAAGGAGAAGGUGGAAGCUGAGGCCAAAGCGAGGGCUGCUAUGUCCGAGGCAGCCCACAUGGAGGCCAAAGCAAAGGCCACAGAGAAGCUGCUGAGGAGAGCGGAAAGUCGCAGUGAGCGGCUGCAAACUAAAUUAGUGGCUGCAGAGAGUUGCAGAGACUCGUCGGUCCGAGAGCUCAAACAACUUAUGGCUGUCGCCGAAAAGUUGACCACUGACCAGGAAAACCUUGUGCGCUUGAUUGCUGCCAAGAGGUAUUGCUGUGAAGAAUCAGUCAUAGGAGCACACAAGAGCAAAUUGAAUCAAAGUUGUAGCAAAGCUAAUCAAAAUAAAAAGUAGUGCCAGUUUACUUAUUUAUACUUAGCUAAAAUUAUCGUAAUUUAUUUUAGAAUGACAUAA